GGAGGAGGAGGAGGAGAAGGAGGAAAAAGAGGAGGAAAAGGAAAAAGGAGGAGGAGCGCACGCUAUCCUGUGGCAUGGCAGGUGAAGAAGACUUCCUUUUGGAGGAGAAAAGAUUCAAGCAGUUCUGUGAAGAGUUUGUUAAGCAUUCACAACAGAUAGGAGAUGGCUGGGAGUGGAGAGCCAGCAAGGACCUUGGUGAUGGUUACCUUAGUAAGACACAUUUCCAAGUAAGAAACAGACACAUCCCACCAGACCUCAAGGAGGAAAACAAUGAAAACAAUGAUAGCGCUGAACAAAUGUUAUUUGCACAUGUAGAAGAGCCCUCGGAGGACUGCCAGGCCGCCGGGGCGUGCAGCACGGAAGAAGUGGUUCGCUAUGAGUACCACGUCCUCUACUCCAGCAGCUACCAAGUGCCCGUGCUGUAUUUCAGAGCCUGCUGCUUGGAUGGAAGGCCUUUAACUCUGGAUGAAAUAUGGGGAAGUGUUCAUGCAUCCUACCAGGCUCGUCUGCAGGAGGGGCCCUGGGACACUAUUACACAGCAGGAGCACCCCAUCCUCGGGCAGCCGUUCUUUGUCCUGCACCCCUGUCGAACCAAUGAAUUCAUCUCUGCUGUGCUGAGAGGCUCACAGGAGCACCACAGACACAUAAAUUACAUCACACUGUGGCUCAGUACUGUAGGCCCAGUUGUGGGCUUGAAUCUGCCUUUGAGUUAUGCAAAACUGGCACCUGAGCAGAGCACAGCUGUGGCUGAAAGGGCCCUGAGCUGAAGGACUGGGAGUGGUUAGGCAUGAAGUGGAAGGGUCCUUCCUGGCUGCUCAGCCAUGCCAGAAUGCAAAUGGUUGCUCAUGGCUCUUUCUGUGGCCAGAGCUCACACUGAGGAUGUGGGAAUUGGCUGCAGCUCUGGGAGCACCUCCCCAGCACCACCCAGGCCUGACCUCCCUUGAAGUCACUCAUCUCCUGCUGAGGCUGCACACAGAUGCACAAGCCAGAGCCAGAGUUGCUGGGUCUACUGAGCUUACCUCUAGAAAAUCUGCACCAUCUGUGGGGCAGAGAAAGCAAAAUGGAAAAAUGCUUGUGGGAUGUGGUGUGAUCUUGUGGCACCCAGGGUGUGGGCUGAGGCUGGGAGCCACCUUCUCCAGCCCGUGUUCCCCAGCACACAGAACAUCCUCAUCCCAGGAAUAUCCCCCACACAUCACACCUCAGGGAGCCAAGGGGACGGGGCUGUCACACACAGAGCCCUUGGAGCCUGCACGGAGUGAGCAGGUCCAGCUCUGGGGCUCAGGAGCCUGGAGCAGCCCUGUGGGAGCAUCUGGC